GUAGCUUAGAUCGAUUAGGACACACCACUGCCCCACUCUCCCUUUCCUCGUCCUCCCUACCCAACUGACUGAUUGAUUCCAUUAAGCUAAGCUAAGCCCACCAUCAAUCCAUCCAUCCAUCUUUAUAUCAAUCAAUCGGAGCCUUUCCUUUCCUUCCUUCUCUCACCUCUCACUCUUUAAUUAGAUACCUGUCCAUCGUCCUCUUAACAACUAUCAACAACAGCAGCCGCCAUUAACAUUCAUCUCCGGCUUGCUCCAGAUCCAGCACGUAGUCCCUAAUCUCCUCCGCUAUGGCUGAGAAGGUACGUACGUACGUACGUUACCAACCUAGCUAACUGUGACAUCCUGUUCCCCGGCCGGCCUCGAUCCAUUUUCUACCUACCUACCUACCUACCUACGCUACGCUACGCUACGCAGCUGCAGCAGCAGCAGCAGCUGCCUGUGUGUUUAAUCCUUCUGCACUGCACUAUGUUUGUAUGCUAUAUAUUUUUUCCCUUGGAUCGGAUCCAUGUAAUUAAUAUGUACCAAAACCUUUACUUUUCUUCAUCCAUGCAUCAUGCAAAUCUCUUUCUCCCUCUCCAUUAUUGCGCGCAACGCAAUCUAAUGUUUAAUUUCUUUUCUUUUGAUUCAAUGCCCAUCAUCAUCCUCAUCGUCAUCCGCACGUACGUACGUGGUGUAACAAACAGGUUACGACAAUGGUGGUGAAGGUUGUUCUUCAGUGCCCCUGCUGCUACAAGAAGGUCAAGAAAUUGCUCUGCAAAUUCCAUAUGAGUCACACGACCCUAAUCUUAAUUAAUUUACAAAACUUGAUGAUCUCACCUCAAUCUCAGUGCCCUCUAUAAAUUACUUACACGUAGGUGAAUUGGUGGGCAGUCAGUAAGUGUGAAAUGUAGCUUAGAUUAGGACACCCCACUCUCCCUUUCCUCAUCUUCCUCCCAACCCAAACCCAACUUCUUACUGAUUGAUUCAUUAGGGUAAGCCCCGCAUCCAUCCGUCCAUUCAUCCAUCCAUCCAUCCGUCCGUCCAUCUUUAUAUCAAUCAAUCAAACCCUUUCCUUCUUUCACCUCUCCCUCACCACUCACUCUCUAAUUCCAAUUCGAUACAUUCAUCGUCCUCAACAACUAUCAACAGCAGCCGCCGCCAACAUUAAUAUUCAUCUCCGGCUUCCUCCAGAUCCAGAUCUCCUCCGCUAUGGCUGAAAAGAAGGUUACGAUAAUGGUGCUGAAGGUUGAUCUUCAGUGCCCCUGCUGCUACAAGAAGGUCAAGAAAUUGCUCUGCAAAUUCCCUCAAAUACGAAACCAGAUCUUCGAUGAGAAGCAAAAUACGGUGACGAUCACCGUCGUAUGCUGCAGCCCCGAGAAGAUUCGAGACAAGUUGUGCUGCAAGGGUGGCAAGACCAUCAAGUGCAUCCAGAUCGUGGAGCCUAAGCCACCCAAAAAGCCCAAGGACUCUCCUCCUCCUCCUCCUCCCAAGGAAGACUCUCCGCCUCCACCGCCUCCCAAGGAAGAUUGUCCACCUCCUCCUCCUCCUCCCAAGGAAGAUUCUCCACCUCCACCGCCCCCUGGCGUGCCUGUCGCGGUAUGUUGUGGGCCGUGUUAUGAAGGGCGAGCAGGGGGGCCAUGCUAUCAUGGGUAUGGAAGAAGACCCGUGCCAGUCCUGAUAUCUACUCCUAACCCACCGGUGCCAGAAUGCCCACCAGCUCAUCAGAUGGAGGCCCCCACAGGGCUAUGUUGUGAGUCGUGUUAUGAAGGACGAGCAGGGGGCCCAUGCUAUCAUGGGUACGGAAGAAGACCCGUGCCCGUCCCGAUAUCUACUCCUCCUAACCCGUCGAUGCCAGUAUGCCCACCGGUUCAUCAGAGGGGGGGGCCCCCGAGAGUAUGUUGUGGGCCGUGUUCUGAAGGGCGAGCAGGGGGGCCAUGCUAUCAUGGGUACGGAAGACUCGUGCCCGUCCCGGUACCUACUCCUAAACCAUCGCCGCCAAAGGCUCCAAAAACCCCUCCGUCGCCACCUCAACCGGUGCCAGUAUGCCCACCGAUUCAUCAGAUGGGGGCUCCUGCAGGGAUAUGUUGUGGGUCGUGUUAUGAAGGGCGAGCAGGGGGCCCAUGCUAUCAUGGGUACGGAAGAUCCGUGUCAUGGUACGAUGGCUAUUAUGGUUAUGGUGGGGGGAGGGUGUGUCAUGUGAGUCGUUGCGACGACUACUUCAGCGACGAAAAUGCCACGGGCUGCACGAUCAUGUGAUGGGAAUGUGAUGGAGGAUAAUUCCCAGUAGAUUGGUUUGUUUGUAAGUUGGUUCGUUUUACAUAUGUUGGGCGUAGAAAAGAAAAAGAAUCAAUAAUGUGGUUGGUAAUAGUGGCAAAGUCUAAUGUUGGUGGCAUAGUAUAGUCAGUGCUUUUGAAAUUGCCGAAUUGGGGUCACAUAUUGUUACUAUAAAUAUAUAU